CUGAAAAGGAGGGUGACAGGUCAGUUUCAUAUUCAACGUCAACUCCUGUGGAUGAAGGCUCUGAAAGUUCAUUAGGCUAUUUUUUAUCAACUUUUUUUUCGAAAAUAAGUUUCAGUUCAUUUCUUGGCUAACCAUUUCAAAUGACGGUAAGCUUGGAGUUAGCGGAUUCCAAAUGAUAUCGAAUUGGACUAAAUUUAUUCGGAGCAUGCCAAUAAUGCAACUCUUAAGAUAAAAUUGUUUGUCAUUCCUAUCUUCGUUUGCCAAUAGAAAGGAGACAAAAGUAGUUAAUUCUGGACGAAUUCUGCGUUAGACGUUCAAGGAAUAUUAUUCAAAACAGCCUACAGAACUAAAGUCGUUAUUGAAUCAUGAUUCACGUUGAUUAUCUGCAUGAGAAGUAAAAAUUCCAGGCUCUUUUUUUUUCUUCUCCUGAAACUAAAUUAUCAUUUUCUGCUUCAUGGACAAAUGCGACAGAAAAAACUUGGCAACAAUAUCUCCAUUAUCUGAUCAUUCAGUGAUCAUCUUUGAGAGCUGGAACAUUGCAUAUCUUAGAUUGGGGCAAGUAAGACGCAUCGUCGGACAUAUUCAAUCUGCGUCGUCGUCUUGGUAACCCAACAUAAUUUUGGUUACCCCUUCACUGGAACCAGAUACCUUUGUUUCAUCCUUAUUUUGAAAUAACCAUGAUGAACUUCUGCACAAAGGGUUUUAUGUGAACUCUGUUUUUAAUCUGGAGAUCAGCAAAAAGGGAAACAAGCCUACAUUGACAGACGUAAGGUAUCCCCUGGCCUUUGCACCCCCCCCCCCCCCAAGAUGCCCUGCGUAGAUUGGAGCGUCAAUGGAACUUCGUCCCCCGGUGGCAUCCCUGCCGAUGACUCGGAUCCUCCCCUCAUGCUUCUCACCACCAAGAAACGCCUCACCCGCCCAUACAGCAGCAGUCACAUCCAAGCGUCGCUACGCCGACUCGGUCGCGACGCGGUCAACCAGCGAAGCCGGACAGCGGUCAGGAGGGCGACCGCGGUGAGCAAUGAUGGAGGGAGAGAUGGGAAUAUUUGUACGGGUAAUUUCAGAGCCGCGAGUGCUGGUUUGCUCCGUGUUUCGCCCAUGAACACACGUGGGAGGAGUGCCGAAUGUAAGAGCGCCAAUGAUAUUGAUGACGAACUGGAGAUCGACUACCGCAAGAUAGAAAACGAAGACCUUGAUCGCAUGACUGAGUCCGAAGUCUAUCAGGGUCAGGGAGUUCGCAAACUCAACACACAAAACUACGAACACGAAUGUCUCCGUGGCGGCAUAUCUCCCUCUAUCGUCCAAGCAUCGAAGAGGCUACAAUCCGGCAAAUACGCUGGCGUGACGGUGGUCCGGAUUGGUUCAAAGUAUCACGACGGGUUGAAGGUCACCGGGGUUCCGAUCGAGGCGAAACUGACUGCGAGAUCGAAAGACGAGGACACCCUUUCCGAAUGCAGUGUUUCAUCUGGAGAUAUCUGCCUGUGCCAUAAUUGUCGGAAUAAGGAAAGUGGGGAAGACCAACCAGCCCAAGAACUUAAUGAUAAACUUAAAAAUGUGAAAGGUGAUGAGUCUAGCCUAAUGUUGGUUUCUAAGUCGCUCGGUAUCACGUCCACGAUCAAGAGACCUUGCUCUAAUACCCAAGAUAAUAGAAGAAACUAUAAUCAAGAUCGUCUAAAAGCUCAAGAACGCAAAGAUAAGAACGGUAGGAUGCCACUAUCAAGAUGCAGUAGCGCGAAGACCCAAGUCUUCUCGCCUCCUACAGUGAAAAUUGACUCCAAAAACUUGCCUGUCAUGGCUUGCCGCGCCAUCACCGGACCGAGGAUGAGAUACGAAGUCGCUUCCUCUCUCGGCAGGAGAGAUAUCGAAGAUGAUAGAGACUCGGCCAGCUCAGGAAGCGACACCGACCUCAACAAGCAGAUCGAAGCCGUUGCGAGAGCCCAGGACACCAUCGACCACCACCCGAGCGCUGACGAACGGACGCCGAAACAGUCCGAAGUCCAAAUAUUUUCAUGGCGCCCAGCCUUGAAGGACAUCCUCCGAAGUCAAUCCGUUUCGCUGCGCCGGCGAUCUAUAGAUUCCAUUUAUGCAGACUCGAUGUCACAAGCGAAAUGUUUGAAGCACGGAAGGCAGUGUUCUGAAAUUCCUAGAACGGUUCAGGACGAUUCGGUUGGCGGGUAUCCGUCAUCCCAGGUUUGGAGCAGGGGCAGACGACUUAAAAUCAGUAUCGAUAUGCGAUCGCUUCGUUUACCGCCCAUAAUGAGCUAUAGUACGCGUUCUGUGGAAAAUAAUCAAGCAGGUUGUGUGGCUUGUAUGGCAGGUGUUUCAAAUUCAUGCUGAUAAAUGUAUUGAU